UCUCUCUCUCUCUCUCUCAUAGUAGUUUAAUUUACUGAUCCAAUCACGCAAAUCCCAUUUUCAAAUCCACCCCAAAAAUUCUCAGAAGUCUCCAAAAUCCUCCGAACUAUGGGCUUCAAAUCCCUCUUUUCCCGGAAGAAGAAAUCCACCACCCCAACCUCCACCGCCGCCCCCUCGCCGCCGCCGGUGAUGCGCUCCCCCUCGUUCGCCACCCGCGCCCAGAUCGCCGAGCUGGACCAGGUCUUCCAGAAAUUCGACGUCAACGGCGACGGCAAGAUCUCGUCGUCGGAGCUCGGCGCGAUCAUGGGGAGCCUGGGCCACCCGGCGACGGAGGACGAGCUCCGGUCGAUGAUCGUGGAGGUCGACGGCGACGGCGACGGGUUCAUCGACUUCAACGAGUUCGUGGAGCUCAACACCAAGGGGAUCGACUCGGCGGAGGCGAUGCAGAAUCUCAGGGACGCGUUCUCCGUCUACGACAUCGACGGCAACGGCUCGAUCUCCGCGGAGGAGCUCUUCGAGGUGCUCAAGAGCUUGGGGGACGAGUGCUCCAUCGCCGAGUGCCGGAAAAUGAUCGGCGGCGUGGACGCCGACGGCGACGGUAUGAUCAAUUUUGAGGAGUUUAAAGUGAUGAUGAUGAUGGGGUCGCGUUGCGAGAGUAACAACAACAAUGUUCAACAACAGCCUCAUCCUGUUGGUAAUUGAAUCGCAAUUGUUCAUCAUAGACUACGGUUUUUCUUCGUGGGGGCAGUUUCGUCUUUCUCGUUUUGUUGGUGUUGGUGAUUUUGAUGAUCAUGAUGUUAACACUUCCCAUCUUUGUAUAAUGAUUCGGAUGAUCUAAUUGGCGUUCAAGAUUUCAGCACUUGUAAUUUUUCCACUUUGGUUCAUAA